CCAUCUUAAAGCAUCCAAAGCAUAGAAAAAGCUACAGAGAAAAUAAAAAUGGGAGUGAAAAUAUAUGGAACAUGGGCGAGUGCAUUUAGUAUGAGAGUAGAGAUUGCACUACAAAUAAAAGGUAUUGAAUAUGAAUUUGUAGAGGAAGAUCUGCUUAACAAGAGUGAUGAACUUUUGAAAUACAACCCAAUUCAUAAAAAAGUACCAGUUUUGAUUCAUGAUGGAAAACCAAUGGUUGAGUCAUUGGUAAUUUUGGAGUAUAUUGAUGAAACAUGGAAAGCCAAUCCCAUCUUGCCUAGUGACGCUUAUCAGAGAGCUCAAGCUCGUUUUUGGGCUAAAUUUGUCGAUGAUAAGGUGACGCCUUUGGUGAGAAGUGCACUAAUGAGUGAAGGAGAAGAGAGUGAGAAGGCAAUACCACAACUAGAUGAGGUUCUCCAAAUCCUGGAAAGUGAGAUAAAAGGAAAGCAAUUCUUUGGAGGAAAAAGUAUUGGAUACUUAGACAUAGUUGCUUCAAUGGUACCUUUUUGGAUCACAUGCUUGCAAGAAGUAGUUGGUAAGGAGGUAAUUACAAAGGAAAAGUUUCCAUCAAUUUCCAGUUGGGCUGAUGAGCUCUUGGGUUGCAGUGUUAUGAAACAAAACGUGCCUCAUCAUGACAGAUUAAAAGAAUUCUACCAAGCUCGCUUUGCCUUAAUGAAUGCCAAGACUACCAAUUGAGAAUAUGGAUAUCAUAGCAUCUUUUAGAUUGUAUUUUAGUAACUUAAUUAUUAUAUGUAUUCACCUGUGGCUGGACAUAAAUAUGGCAUUAUUCCAUACAAUAAAGAAUUGGGUUUAUAACGAA